CCCCCCCUCCCUGCCGCCCCCCACCAUGACCACCACGUCCGAUCUCAAUCCCGAGACCGUGGCCCUCCUGGAGCGUGGCCUCCGCCUGGCCAUGCGCGCCGUCGAGUCGGUCCCCGGCGCCCCGGCCGUUGUCAACUACCUUUCGCACUCGUACCACAACGACCGCUGGCGUCUGUUCCUGGAAAUCCUCCUGGUGGGCAUUCUCACCAAGUACCUGCUGUCGAAGAAGUACCGCCCGCGCGAGGCACCGGCCGUUGUGCUGACCGAUCGUGAGAUCGACCAGCUCGUGGCCGAGUGGGAGCCCGAGCCCCUCCCCAUGCCCCUGACCAAGGCCGACAACCUCAUCCUGGACAGCCAUAUUGUCUUCAACGGUCCCUCCGGCAAGUACCUGGCCGUGGACAGCAAGCGCUGCCUCAACUUUGCCAGCCUCAACUUCCUCGGCAUGACCGAUCGCAUUGAGAUCCGUCAUGAGGCCGAGAAGGUCCUCCGUGACUAUGGUGUCGGCACUUGCGGCCCCCCGGGCUUCUACGGCACUCUCGAUGCCCACCUCGAGCUGGAGACGUCGAUCGCCAACUUCGUCGGCAAGGAGAUGGCUAUCCUGUACUCGUACGGCUUCGCGGCCAUUGCCAGCUGUAUCCCGGCAUACGCCAAGAAGGGCGACAUCAUCGUGGUCGACGAGGCGGCCUCCUUCGCCGUGCAGCGCGGUGUUUAUGUCAGCCGUGCGGAUGUGCACACGUUCAAGCACAACGACAUGGCCGACCUGGAGGCCGUUCUGCAGAAGAUCGAGAAGACUCGCAUUGCUCGCAAGCAGCCGCUCACCCGGCGCUUCAUCGUCGUCGAGGGUCUCUACCAGAACACCGGCACCAUUUGUGACCUGGUCACCGUGACCCGUCUCAAGACCCAGUACAAGUACCGCCUCGUGGUGGAGGAUAGCUUCGGCUUCGGCACCCUCGGGAAGACCGGGCGCGGUGCGGUCGAGCACACCGGCGCCGACAUGGGCAAGGUGGACUUCUAUGUGGCGUCGCUGGCCAACUCGCUGGCUGGUGCUGGCGGUUUUGUGGCCGGUGCCACGGAUGUCAUUGAUCACCAGCGCCUGGCCGGCCUGGGGUAUACCUUCUCUGCGUCGAUGCCGGCCAUCAUGGCGCGGGCGUCGCUGCGCGCGCUGAAGAUCCUGCGCGACGAGCCGGAGGCUCUGAUCGGCCGGCUGCGCGCCAACACCGCGCACUUCCGCCAGGCCCUGACGCACCAGCUGAAGGCCGCCGGGUUGCAGGACACCGUGGAGCUGCCGGGCGUGGUGGAGUCCCCGGCCGUGCAUGUGCGCCUUGUCCAUGGGUCGCCGCUGCUGGCCAAGCUCGGGGACGAUCGCUUCGAUGAGGAGUGCCUCCUGGAGGCGGUGGUCACGCGGGCGCGUGUCGGGGCCGAUGUCGUCGACCCGGCCGAGGCCGAAGCCGCCGAGGCCGCCUUCGCCAAGGAGACCGCCGUCGGGCAGAUGUGGCCCUCGCUGGCCGGCACGACGCAGGAGGAUCUCACCCUGCCGGCCGAUGCCGAGAAGGCCGCCGCCCUGGCUUCUGCCACCUUGCUCAAUGGGCUUCCCCAUGGUGGCGUGGUCUUCACCCGGGCCAAGUAUGCCCUGGACCAGGAGCUGCCGGUUCCGCCGCCCGCUUCCAUCCGGGUGGUCAUCUCGGCGGCCCACGGCCAGGCUGAGCUCGACCGCGCGGCCGCCGUGCUGGCCAAGUCCCUGAAGCUGGUCAUCUCGGAGCGGUUCGCUUGAGCGAGAGCGAGAGCGAGAGAGAAGGGCGCGUAGCGAAGGGGCAGGCGUGCAAGAAGAAAGGAGCCGGAGGAGCCACCACCGAUGCCCGUGCGUGCGCGGUGUUCGCCGCCUGACGCGCGGGGGGAGAGCGGGCCAGAGGAGCAUGUUCUCCCUCCCCCCCCCCCCCCCUCCGCCUG